AUGCCGGUCGCCCUGCCGCCACCGCCGGAGGAGAAGGAGCAGCAGCAGCAGCAGCAGCCGGCGGCCGAUGCGAUCCAGCUCCAGCCUCUCGAAUCGGGUCUGUUUGCUUCUUUGUAUCUCCUACGCGCCUCGCGCCUGUCCGGGGUUGUGCCCAACCAGGCCCGCCGGGUGAAGGGAAUCGAGCGCCGGCCCUACAACGAGGGGGAGACGCACGCUGCGAGCCCUCAUGACCGCGCCGCGACCCCGACCGGCGGCGGGGUUCUUUCGAGCUUGCUGGCAUCUGCUGCAAAUGCCCAGGGGGCGGUGCUGCGAGCUCACCAUCGUCCUCCGAGCUCACUGUCGGGAGGGGGGAGGGGAGGAUCUGGGUCAGGCGGUCAAGGAAAACCGGGAGAAGACUUCACAAGGUCAAAUUUCAUCUCAGGAUACGAACUUUCUGAACCAUGCUCAAAGAGUGUGUUUGAUUUUGACAUCUUCCACUUCUAUCUUCUGCCGGAUAACAAGCUUGAUUAUGUUGAUACUUCGUGCUGUUCUCGUAAUCUUAUCUGUGGAGAGAGCUAUUACCGUGUGUGUGUGGUUCACACUGUUCCUCUGGUGUUGAAGCUUCAGAAAGAUGAUCACACAGAUGCAUGUCCCGUAUUUUCAGAAAAUUUCCGGUGGGGAAGGCACCAAGACGCCCAUGAAUUCCUCCGCUGCUUGCUUGAUAAAUUAGAUGAGGCCUCUGUCCCUCCCAGGUCCCCAUCAUCUGAGAGACCCUCUUCAAUUGUCACACAGGUUUUUGGAGGACAGCUAAAAAGCCAGUUGCAUUGCCCAGAGUGCAACUAUUGCUCAGACAGAUUGGAGCCUUUCCUUGACCUUAACUUGGAGGUCAUCCCGAUGGCCACUGUCAUGGAUGCACUAAAAUCUUUUACCAAGAUUGAGGUGUUUGAGAAUUACGGUUGUGAUGGGUGCAAAUCUCGUGUGAACCUGGAAAAACAAUUAAAGGUGGAGCAGGCUCCAGAAGUUCUUGUAAUCCAGCUCAAGCGGUUUCAAAAUUUUGGAAGUCAUAUAACUAAGAUUGAAGACUGCAUGAUGUAUCAGGAAGAGCUGGACUUAAACCCAUUCAUGAGCUCCCCGGAUAAUAAACCUCAGAAAUAUGAUUUGUAUGGAGUUGUACAACACGAGGGUGCUCCAUCAAAUGGUCACUAUGUUUGUUAUAUCCGUUCGUCACGAACUAAUUGGUUUCACUUCAAUGAUUCUAAGGUUAUGAAAAUCAAUGAUGUCAUGGCUUUGGAGAGUGAAGCAUACCUUCUAUUCUAUGCAAAGCAAGGUUCAUCCCCGUGGUUCUCUACCUUACUUAAGAGAAAAAACAACGUUUCCGGUGACACUGAGGAGGGUGGUUACAGUAGCAGUAGCAGUGAAGAUGACUAUUAUCCUGAAGGCCUGUCUUGGCAUAAUGAUGGCGACAAAACCAGAUCGGCGACGAAAGAAGAAACAGAUCUGCAGCUUAGACAAAUAAUAUCUAUGCAAAAAGAGAAGUGCGGCGAGAGAGAGAUUGAAGAAAAAGCGAAGGCAGAAGGAGACAGCAGCAUCCAAACUACUUGUCCUGAAAGCUUGUCUUGGCGUAAGGAUGCUGAUGUCAAGGGCUCUGAUGAUUCUCCAGCUGGACCAUUGCUCGGACCAGCAGGCUCUCACUCUGACAACAUUGCUAAGGGCAAGCGCACUUAUAAGGCUAUUGUUCAAGAGGAAACGACGCCAGACGAGCUUUUGCAGCAUUUGAAAGAGAUGGUGCCUAGCAUAUUUGCCAAAGCUUUGGAAGGCAUGCAUACGUCUCUUGCACUUUCAGAGGCUUUGAAGAGAGAGCAUGUUGUGGAAAUGCAUAAUGAUGAUGACGACAAAACCCGAUCAGUGAGGAAGCGUAAGUGGGAGUGGGACAAUAACCUCAAAGUGGUGGAAGAAGAAGAAGAAGAAGAAGAAGAAGAUGAUGAUGAUGAUGAUGUUGAAGAAGAACCGUACUACUAUGUCUACUCGGACUAA